UUGUUUACCAAUUGCCUUGCCGCGAUUGACGAACCAGUCAGAGCAGUCGGUCCGCCAGCUCAGCCGACCUCGCUCGCUCUCGCGAUCGGUCAUUAUUCACAGUCGCGCGUCGCCAGCGACGCACGCGACGGUAGUCACCGCGUCAUGACCCUGUGACGUGAUAGUAUGAGUAAAAUCGAAAAUUCGUCGGAAGCCGCCGCGCCCAGCGUGGCGAUCCACGUGGAGCAAUAUGAUAACCAAGACAGGGAGAACUCAAAGCUCCUCGACCUACACGCUCCAGCGCCGAUGAUAACGCCCUCUGGGCAAAUGCGCAAAGUGAAGAGCUUCAGUGACACACACAGAAUUCGUGAUGUAACAACAGCCUCGGGUGCAGCAUCCGCGCGGUGUCUGCGGCCUUACGAACAAGUAGCCACUUACCCUGAAGGAUCUGACAGCGGCACCAACAACUAUGGCGCUCCGUCCGUCCGGUCCCUGGCCUCCAUUGGCAUGGGAUGCACGGAUGGCCGCAAAAUGGUCAUAAGACGGGUACCAACAUCGCCUACAGAAUUGUUCCAUCUAGUUCGUCCUCCUACGCCCCCCGACGAGGAUACAGCUUCACAUGAAAGUGACUGUGAAGAGGAAGAGGAGGACACUACAGCCCACCUAAAACCCCGCCGACCGUUCUGGGCCAACAAAAUACAAUUUGUAUUAGCGUGCGUUGGCUACUCCGUUGGCCUCGGCAAUGUGUGGAGGUUCCCCUACUUGUGCUACAAAAGCGGAGGAGGAGCCUUCCUCAUACCUUAUUUUAUAAUACUCUUAGUAUGCGGUGUGCCAAUGCUUUUCAUGGAAUUGGCCGUGGGCCAGUACACGGCCCACGGUCCCAUUGGUGCCUUGUCACAAAUUUGCCCACUCUUUAAAGGUGCGGGCUUAGCAAGCGUAGUGAUCUCAUUUCUAAUGUCCACGUACUACGCGGUGAUCAUAGCGUGGGCCAUCUAUUACUUCUUCACGUCGUUCAAGUCAGAGGUGCCGUGGGCGAGCUGUUCGAACCGAUGGAACACGCCGCAGUGCUGGGUGCCCAACCACAACAUGACCAAACCUAAUGGCUCCCAGACGCCCACCGAACAGUUCUUCGAGAAAAAGGUACUGAGUAUGAGUGCCGGCAUAGAAUACCCGAAUGGAAUGCGGUGGGAAUUGGCGGCUUGCUUGGUCUGUGCUUGGGUGCUAGUUUACUUCGCUCUGUGGAAAAGUAUCAAGUCUUCCGCCAAAGUACGCUAUAUCACCACAACAUUGCCCUUUCUGCUAAUUAUAGUUUUCCUCGGACGAUCGUUAACACUUGACGGAGCUGAUAAAGGUCUGAGAUUUUUCUUCAAGCCAGAAUGGGAACUAUUAAAACAGUCAAGACCAUGGGUUAACGCAGCUUCACAAAUAUUUAACUCAAUCGGUGUUGCUUUUGGAUCGAUGAUAAUGUUCGCUUCUUACAAUCGAUUCGAUAACAAUUUCCUCCACGAUACUGUGGCUGUCUCACUAAUCAAUGCAAUCACUAGUCUCAUCGUGGGGAUCUUCACGUUUGCCACCAUCGGAAACAUCGCCUUUGAACAAAAUACUCCCGUCAAAGAUGUCAUCGCCGACAGUCCUGGAUUAUUAUUUGUCGUGUAUCCGCAAGCAAUCGCAAAAAUGCCUGCGUCACAACUAUGGGCAGUGCUAUUCUUCUUCAUGUUCCUUUGUCUUGGACUAAACAGCCAGUUUGCAAUCGUUGAAGUGGUGGUGACGUCAAUUCAAGAUGGAUUCCCUGACAUGAUACGCAGAAGACUCGUGUACCACGAGCUGUUAGUGCUGUGUGUGUGUGGAGUGUCGCUAGUGUUCGGGCUGCCGCACAUUAUACACAGCGGCAUCUACGUGUUCCAACUGAUGGACUACUACGCCGCAUCACUCAGCAUCACAUAUCUAGCCUUCUUCGAAGUGGUGGGGAUUGCUUGGUUCUACGGCGUCGGCAGAUUGUCCAGAAACAUUAAACAAAUGACAGGUCGCCGUCCUUCGCUGUAUUUCCGAGUGUGUUGGCUGGUUGCGACACCGGCGCUACUUCUCGCGCUGUGGGUGGCCAGUCUGGUGGACUACACUCCGCCAAGCUACCGACAGUACCAGUAUCCGACGUGGGCGCAGGCGCUCGGUUGGAUCAUCGCUUCUCUCUCACUUCUAUGCAUUCCAGUAUACGCUGUAUUUGUCAUAAUCAAGGCUCCGGGAAAUAAUUGGAGAGAGAAAUUCCGCCACUCUAUUCGUCCGACAUCUCUAUGUGAAUGCGGUGUCACUGGAUGCGACAUUUGUUACUCGGACUCCGAGCAACCGGACGAUAAACCUGCUAUCAACUAGUCUGAAAACAACUUAGAAAAUAAGAACAUACACCUACUUUCUACUCUACAAUAGUAUACUUUGAUAUCAAGAAUAAACAAGACAGUAAGAUAAUGAAACGAGACGGUAUUCCAUCAUAAUUAUCAUUAAUUUACAAUGAGGCGAGGACUGCACUCGACCUACUAUAAUAAUGAAGUGGCACACUUCGUGUUCGCUUCGAGAGCGAAGCGCUAUCUCAGUUUUUGUCAACCGAAACGAUCUUCCAUUUUAAUUAUACUGCCAAAUGUUUCAUGUCAACAUUAUACUACCAGCACUACGACAUUAUGUAGCUACCUUAGCUUAUAAAUCAAUUACCGCGUAAACUAAUUGCUUUGUCUUUGUAGAAGUAAGCAAACCGUGGAUGGUAAAACCCAUCAGAACCAGUAUUAAGUUUUCUACGUAUCUACUAAGUUAAACAAUGUGACAUUUGAGUUUGUCGUAUUUAUACAAAUAUUAGCAUAAGUAUUUAGUAUGUUUCCUAAAACUUUUGUGAUCAAAGUCAUUCCAUUAGAGUCGUAUUCGAUGUAAGUGAUUAUUAUUUAUUCCUAGUAAUAUCAUUUUUAUUUAGAAAUUAUAAAAAAAUAUUCGAAUCAAAUACACAUUUGCCACGAUAAAAAUCUCACUGCAUCAGAUAGAAAAAUAAAA